UGCCGUCGUCUCACCCCGUCCUCGCAGCAUCCCCCGCAGUGCCCCCACCGACCAGCCGCUAGGCGGAACCUUGCCCACUCUCCCUCGCCGAUCCGCCCGCCCGGCCGCUGCCAUAACACAGCGCCGCGACGCUGUGCCCGCCCAGUUACUGGCUGGUACUUCAACGCGUCGCGGGCGCUCGACGGAAAUCGGCGGCGCGCGGAAAAACUGCAGCCCGCGCGGAAGAAGCCGUUCCCGCGCGGAAGAUCCUGCCUUCCGCCUGCUGAGCGCGAGUGGAAUGGAAGGCAGAGAGAACGAGCGGGAAAGGAGUCGCCGCCGCCUGAUCUGGAUCUAGAGCCGCCGCCCGCUGCAUUUCCGCCCUUCCCUGCGCGCAUUCCGCCUCCCGCCGCUCGCUGCAGUUCUCCCUGGCGGAUUCCGGCACCCCGCGUCUCAAUCUCGUCGUGCGCAGCUCGAUUGAACCAGACAGGGAUUGAAUCCCGGCAUCCGGCCACGCCGGCGCCGCGCAGCUCGAUUGGAGGCUUCGACGCGAGGAACCAGCAGCUACUCUGCUCCGCCCCUGCAUCCCAUCCCAAGGGCAGCCUCCUUCCCGCCAGCCUCCACCAGCAGCUACUCUGCUCCGCCCCUGCAUCCCAUCCCAGGAGCAGCCUCCUUGCCGCCGGCCGCCUGCAACCAGAGGUAUGCCUCUCGAACACUCCUUUAUCCCCUUCCUCUGUCUAGACUCUAGACUGCUACACAAAAAACUGGAUGGAAUAUGGGCACAACAACUGGCAUCAGUAAGAAGGGUGUGUUUAUGAUGUCCAUCUUCCACUCCGUCCUCCCAAGAGUAACAAGAUCUAAUGGCUGGAGAUGCUUUUCCACCAGGAUUCCUUACGAUAAUAUAGCAGAGCUAAACAAGGAAAUGGAAUCAAUAUUUGGUGAAUCUCCAUCACCCAGUCCUUUAGGCUCAAGUCCUCCCCAGCAACCUGUCCAGCCUGCUUAUAAAGCUGAGGAUUCACAGCCAGUGCUUACACAUACUGAUAGCAGCAGGCAGGCAAAGAUGGUUGACGUCUCACCCAAAGAAGACAGUAAGAGAGUUGCUAUUGCUAGUUGCAGGGUCUUACUAGGCCAAAGGGUGUUUAAUUUGGUUGCAUCAAAUGAGAUCGCAAAAGGAGAUGUCCUUACUGUUGCAAAGAUUGCUGGAAUAACUGGAGCAAAGCAAACUAGCAACCUUAUACCCUUGUGCCACAACAUUAAUCUUUCCCAUGUUCGUGUUGAUCUUACUCUCAAUGAAGAGGAUUCUAGUGUCGUGAUAGAAGGGGAAGCCACAACCAGCAGAAAGACAGGGGUUGAGAUGGAAGCAAUGACUGCAGUAGCCAUUGCCGGCCUCACAGUUUAUGACAUGUGCAAAGCCGCUUCAAAGGACAUUUGUAUAACAGAUAUCUGUCUGCAGCACAAAUCUGGGGGAAAGAGUGGAAGUUGGUCCAGGAAUUGAAAGGUUCAUUAUUGGUCUGAGCAUAUGAACUACAAGCAUGAUUCAGAUAGCAGGACAAUUGAGUCUUUGUGCCAAAUUGUUUUGAUUUGGCUUUGAAUGCAGGCCCCUGUGUUGUAGAUUUCUAGUCCUUGAGACAUCAUUUGAAUCUCUGUACUCCUGAGUUGUAGAUAUAUUGUUCAUGGCUUCAGAAUAGAUGGUCAUGUCAACUUAUUUUUAGAUCUAUAUCUCUUCCUUGGUGCA